CCUCCACCUCGUCUCCCCGGCGCCACAUCGCCGGCCACCGCAGACCUCCUCUCACCACCUCUCCCCUAGCCUCCCUCCACCCAGAUCAGCCGCGCAGUCCAAUCUAGCGCCAGAUCCGCGCAACCAGAUCUGCCACUCUCGAUUUGACCUGUUUCCGCGUGCGCGUCGCAGGUUCCGGCGGCGAUGGCGGCGAGGCUCGCGCAGCUGUGGACCAAGGCGGCGCAGGCGGCGGACUUCGCGUCCAAGCACAGCGGCGCAUACUACAAGGAGGCCGUGGAGAAGAACAAGCAGUACGUCGUGCAGCCCGCACCGUUGAGAAGUGCCAGGAGCUCUCCAAGCAGCUCUUCUACACGCGCCUCGCGAGGAUGAAGUACAUCGCUGCCUACCUGCUGGCCUACCUCGGUGGCAACUCCUGCCCCUCUGCAGAGGACCUGACCUCCACCCUGGAGUCAGUUGGUUGUGAAAUCGAUGCUGAGAGGCUGGAACUCUUGCUGUCCCAAGUGAAGGGCAAGGACAUCACUGAGCUCUUGGCUGCUGGUAGGGAGAGGUUCACUUCAGUUCCAAGCGGUGGUGGUGGUGCUGUUGUCGCAGCAGCUGCUCCCACCAGUGGCGGUGCUGCUCCUGCAGCUGAGUCCAAGAAGGAAGAGAAGGUCGUUGAGAAGGAAGAGAGUGAUGAUGUAAGAACAUUGUUCUCACCUUUGCCUUUUUUACCAACUUCCAGCAUCUUAUAUAAGCCAUUAUCAGAACUUGGUUGAUUUACAGUUGAUAUUAUCCUGUCUGCACAUUCCUCUAGUUUGAUGAGAAAAUUUCUAACAGUUUGAUGAGAAAAUUUCUAACAGUUUAUAUGCACAUUCCUCUAUCUUCAGCAUCGACAUUUGGCCAAGAAACUAGAGUCUAUGAUGUUUAGUCUUUCUUUAGCUGAGUUGUGAAACACCGGGAAGACUGUUUUGAUAUGUAAUUCAGCCCUUGGUUGCUGGUUGAUUUACUGGUGAACCAUACCAUUUUGCUAUCCAAAUUUCGUGCUUUCUCAGCUA